AUGAUUCUACAAAAACAGAACUUACGGUUCAGAGGAAAGACGUUGCGCUUUCUCGUGACGUUUUGCUCCUGUACAGGUUUUUUGUUACUUGGAUAUGAUCAGGGUCUGAUGUCAACAAUUGUUGGGGCAGAUAAUAGGUUUGGUAAAGAUUUCAACCAUCCUAAUUCCGAUGUUCAGGGACUGCUCUCCUCAGUUUACGAUCUCGGAUGCUGUCUGGGAUCGGCGAUGUGCUACUUUGUUGGUGAAAAAGCUGGCCGGAGAUGGAUGAUGCUAACAGGAGGCUCCACAAUGAUUGUUGGAACUAUCAUCCUUGCUACAUCCUUCACCAGGGGCCAGUUUUAUGCUGGACGAAUCAUCACAGGUAUUGGAAACGGCUUUAACUCGUCCACCAUUCCUGUUUACCAAGCUGAGUGUGCUCUAGCUGGCAAUAGAGGACGAAUGCUAACGUACCAGGCCGUUGUUACUAUUGCAGGAGUCAUCAUAGCUUACUGGGUUGGUUAUGGAACAUCAUUCACCGACAGCCCUGUGCAGUGGAGGUUUCCCUGCUCGCUCCAAGGUUUGUUUGCACUGGCUUUGGUGAUCGAACUCCUCACAGGUAUUCUCCCAGAGACACCUAGAUGGCUAGUGACUAAGAAAAGAUACAAUGAGGCACAAGAGGUUCUUGCUGCCAUUCUUGAUGAGGAUCUUGACUCCGACAUUGUGCUUCAGGAAGUUCAAGAUAUCAAAACAACAGUUGACAACGAAGCGGUUGGUGGAGAGUUCAGAUUUGGUGAGCUUUUCGAAAUUUCAAAUGGAAACCUCAGAAGACUUAUACUGAGCUGUGGAAUCAUGAUCAUGCAACAGUUCACGGGAUCGAAUAUGAUAAACUACUACGCCCCUAUCGUUUAUCAGAACACGAUGAACCUGACCAGAAAUACUUCUUUGAUUCUAGGUGGAUGCUGCGAGAUUGUGUACCUGAUUGGAGCUUUUAUUCCUGUAUGGACCAUUGAUAAGUAUGGAAGGCGUACUAUGCUGUUCAUUUCUUCAGCAGGACUGACAGUGUGCUUCAUUGCGGUCUCUGGUCUUCUGUCUCAAAAAAGAUAUGCUACCUCGGUCGCUGCCAGCUGCUUUGUUUUCCUCUACCAAUUGUUCAUGGGAGUCGGAUGGCUCAAUGUUUGGUUCUUCCCUGCAGAGCUGAACGGCACCCGUCUUCGGUCCAGGGUGCAAGCUAUCGCAUCUUUUGUCAACUGGCUAUCGGUGUUUGCUGUUGUCCAGAUCACGCCAAAGGCUAUUGACAAUAUUGGUUGGAAAACAUUUGUUAUCUUUGCCAUUCUUAAUUUCACGUGGAUUCCUAUCGUGUACUGCUUCUACCCCGAAACCAAGGGUCUCGAGUUGGAAGACAUCGAUCACUUGUUCGAUCGGGGUGGAUUUACCGGGGGAGUUUUCACAACGAGGGGACAUCCAAUACGGCCUGGAGAAAGGAAAAAAGACAUCGAGGCAAAGGGUUUUGUUGAUGAAAAAGAUCAUGUAAGCUACGCUGAGUAG